AUGUCUCAAAACGAGAAUGAAUUUCAUGCAUCGGUGUCUACAAAUGUAAUAAAUAAUCCAAAAGUUAAAGCUAUACCUCAACUAUCUUAUGAGCUUGCAAAUGUAGCAGAAAAAGAUCAGUCAUCUUCUGAUAAUAAUGUAAUAGAGAUCUCUGAAGCCAAUAAUUUUCAUAAACAACAUACCAUGAGUAAAACUCGAUUUAUACUAGUCGUUUUUGGUCUCUCGCUGGCUGUAUUUUUAUCAGCUUUGGAUCAAACUAUAGUUGCUACUGCUUUUCCAGCUAUCGCAUUAGAAUUCAAAUCACUCGAUGAAAUUGUAUGGGUCGGAACGGCUUAUUUAGUUACUGAGACCAUGUUAAUCAUAUCACGUGCUGUUUCAGGUCUAGGACUUGUAAUGAUUAUUAUUACUGAAAUAGUUCCAAUAAGUGAGCGUGGAAAAUACCAAGGGUUGAUUGGUGCUUGUUUUAUUAUCGCAUCUGUUAUGGGACCAUUGUUGGGUGGUGUUUUUACUGACAAGAUCACAUGGAGAUGGGCAUUUUUUAUAAAUAUUCCUCUAGGUAUCAUCACUUUUGUCUUUGUUGUUUUUCUAUUACACCUUCCAAGUCCUACUGGAUCUUUUUGUUCAAAACUUUUGCGCAUUGAUUGGUGGGGUUCUUUUACUCUGUUUACUGCUACUAUUCUCUUGUUAUUACCGCUUAAUUGGGCCGGCUCAAAAUAUGAAUGGAGUGACCCUAUUAUUAUAAUUUUAUUAUGUUUAGGGGGUAUUGGAUAUAUUAUAUUUAUUCUUAUCGAAGCAAAGUUUGCUUCAAAACCGAUUGCUCCUCCUACCACUUCAGGUUUGGAGCUUCUUCCUUUCCUAAUGAGUAUAGCCUUUACAGAUAUUUUUACAGGCCAACUAGUUUCAAGGACUGUUUUUUUUUCUUAUGGUACAAUUUGUAUUUUUGGAAGUAUUUUAAUGGCAGUGGGGUCUGUAUUUAUUAGCAUGUUUUCAGAAAAUACAAGCGAAGGUCAGAUAGUUGGUUACUCAAUAAUUACUGGUAUUGGCAUUGGAUCAAUUAUGCAAACUUCUAUAUUAGCAGGACAAGGAAUUGUGCAAUAUAAAGAUAUUGCUACAGUUACUGCAAUGUUAUCAUUUUUUAGAGAUAGUCUAGUUUUUGGUACAGCUAUCCUAGGCACAGUCUUUAAUAAUGUCUUUAAUUCAAAUUUACCCCCACAAUUUCAAGGGUCUUUGGGUAGCAUUAGUUCAGCUGCACAAGGCCAAAUACCAGAAUUCUUAAUUCAUAAUUUGGUAUUAGCUUUUGAUGCCGCAUUUAGAAUUGUAAUUGUUUUUGCAGGAUUAACAUUUAUCUCAUCAUUGCCUUUAAUAACUGUUAAACCACAUAGAGAUGAUAAAAAGGUAAAACCAUCUCUAGAAUUAUAA